AGGAUGGAGGGGGUGGCGUUUGUGCGGUCUACCUCAGCUGCUCAGCUUGCAUAGCUCAGAUCCAAACGUUGCCCGGCUCUGGGUGCCCCGCUCUCGUAGGCCAGCUGGUCUGGCUUAACGUUGCUUCUUUUUUUCAGCAUACUUUGGGUUUUUUAAAAGUCAGUUCUUGUUUGAUACAAAGGACUGCGUGCUCUAACCCACAGCUGGAGCUGCUGGGGACUCUUCCAGGCGAAGACAGAACACAAAGCGCUGGUGCUCGCUGACAGCCCGGGAGGCGCUUGCUCAGGAGGAGAGGAGCGUGAAUGGACUGGUGAACCGCUGGACGGAGACACGCGGCAGCGGGACGUGACAUGCGGGACUGAGCGGGAAGUGCCAGCCAGAAGUUUGAGACUGAGAAGUGAGAAUAUUCGAGCACCUGGAAGUGAACUGAAGUAGCCAGAAGACACGUGCGACAAAGAGGAAAAGCAGCAGGAACAAUUGCGAAGAUGGGGAGAAAAAAGAUUCAGAUUGCACGGAUUAUGGAUGAACGGAACAGACACGUGACAUUCACCAAGCGUAAGUUUGGUUUGAUGAAGAAGGCGUACGAGCUGAGUGUGUUGUGUGACUGUGAGAUCGCCCUCAUCAUCUUCAACAGCACCAACAAGCUGUUUCAGUACGCCAGCACCGACAUGGACAAGGUUCUGCUCAAGUACACGGAAUACAACGAGCCACAUGAGAGCAGGACCAACUCGGACAUCGUGGACACGCUGCGUAAGAAGGGUUUAAACGGCUGUGAGAGCCCUGACAUUGAAGCCGACGACUCUGCUGGCCAGAGCCCAGAGUUAGACGACAAGUACCGGAAAUUUAAUGAAGACAUUGACCUGAUGAUCAACAGACAGAGAAUGUGUCAGGGUCUGCCUCCCUCCAGCUACGACAUGGGGGUGUCCAUCUCAGGAGGCAAUCCCAGUGGGCUGCUGUACUCCCACCAGGGCAUAGGGGGCGGUGUGAACUCUCAUAACCUGCUGCCCAUGUCACACUCCUCCCUCCAAAGGAGCAGCAUGUCCCCUCAAAGGCCUUCCAGCGCCGGAAAUGCAGGACUAAUGGGUUCAGAGCUGACGAGCACCGUGGUCUCCAGUCUGGGAAACGGCAGCUUCAGCACCCACUGCCCCUCCCCUGGCCUCAUGUCUCCAGGCAGCAUCUCCAAAAACCUGCAGGACAAGAGUCCUCCUCACAUGAGCCUGAGCCGCAAGCCCGACCUCCGCACUCUGAUGCCCCCCUCCAACAAGUGCACCAACAUGCCAACUGUUUGUGAGGACUUUGACCUUAUGUUGAACCAGAGAAUAAAUCACUCCCAGACGGCUCAGACUCUGUCCACUCCUGCUGUCUCCAUUGCUGCUCCGGGAAUGGGAGGGUAUCCGUCCACGCUCUCCUCCUCCUACAGCACAGAGUUCUCCCUCGGCAGCGACCUGGCCUCUUUGUCCGGGUUUGGAGGUUCCCCUCUGGGAUCGGUGACGAGCUGGCAGCAGCAGCAGAUCCAGAGCCUUCAGCAGUCAGCACUUGGACACAUGGGAAACUUGUGCCAGAACUCAAACCUCCCAUCCACCCACCACAACCUCAACAUCAAAUGUGAGCCCGCCUCUCCUCCCAGAGACCGGAGUGUGGCCAUGGUCGGGGCGGGACUUGGAGGAGGCAUGACCCCCACUGGAUACUCUAUCGGCAGUGGCCAGGGUCCCCACGAAUCAGGCCGUUCCCCUUGUGACAGCGUAUCCAGCUGUGGGAGCUCAUACGACGGCAGCGAGGAGCGCGAGGAUCACCAUAGCAACGAUCGCUUCCUGCUCCAACCUCUGCCCAGCCAGGAUGAGCGCCACAGCCCGUCGGUCAAACGGAUGAGGCUGUCAGAGAGCUGGGCCACAUGAUGUGGGCCGCUCCACAGCUAUGGGGAGGGGGUAGAGAGUUACCUUACAGUGUUAUUAUUAUUAUUAUUAAUAUUAUUAUUAUUAUUAUCUUCUGAGUGUGUGUGCUUUACGGCGAUGUGUACAUGAGGGGUCUGCUUUUAAACAUGCUGCAGGUGAAUGUUACAAUCUUCACAGGUCAGGGUCAGGCAAACUGGAUAAUCUUAGCUCAAAAGUUUGACUCGGGUCUCCGUAAGAAGUGUCAUUCUGGAGCAAAGAAAACAUUUUCAAUAAAAUUAAAGAUUAAUACUAACGAUGCGCCAAAAGGAUCCCCAUGGGAUGGGAAUCUGUUUAUAUCAGCAGACAUGAAACUCUAAAGUCAGGUGUUUAAGUGUUCAGGUUAUGAGCUCACCUUUGUUGAGCAGCAGUAGAAAGAAUCCGACGUUAGCCCGGUCCGUGAACUCAACUUCCCUAAGCCCUAGUUCACAGUAGCCUCCGUGUGGGGAAUUGGUUGUCACAAUCACGUUUUAUGAAUUAACAAGAAAUUCUUUAGUAAAUUCACUCUGUUUUGUCUUCUAAAUGCUUUUUAAGCUCUUUUUUUAAAACACAGGAAAGGUUUUUCUUUUACCUUGCUAACAGUUUCGAUCGCUCCUGCAAGCUUCUUCAAAGCUAGCCGCUAAUGAUGGCGUCACUUCCUUCUCGGUUUAUCCGUCUUAAUGCAGGGCUAUUUAAUUCUGGGCCUCGAGUUAACUCUGCUUCAACACACCUGAUUUCAAGCAACAGGCUUGUGCAGAGUCUGAUGAGCUGCUGCACAGGCGACUCCACCACUGAAUCUAGUGUGCUGCAGCAGAUAAGCCACUACUGGCCCUCGAGGCCCAAACUUGAAUAGCCCUGGUCUAAUGGAACAAGAAAAUUCCAUUUAGAAAUAGCGAUCUUAUUUCUCGUUGAGACAAAUCAGUUCUCUGAUGAAUGCCAGACCAAAUAUACUCAGAUAAUCUAAGAGUUUACAAGAGCUACGUCCUGCAGGAUCGAUGGGCUAACAGCUAGUCUGAACUAGCUGAAACCAAAGUGUGCUGCUGCCAUCUUAAAUUGGUCCAAUCUCCAAAAUUACACACUAAUCCACGUGACAUUUAUAUAAACCUUCUCACCUCUGUCAGUUUCAUGUUACACCUUUAUUUGACCAUGCUUAUUUAUGGAAUGUUGUGGUUGUUUACAAAGUGAAUAUCACCAAACCCAGCUAAAUGUUCACUUAUUGUGAAUCCUGGAAUUAAUGACCAUUUCUGUAGAAACAACUCUGUAAUGUGUAACUGACAGCAUUGUAGAUGUUGAUGUAAAACCUCUAGAAUUUGGGAGCCUGUGGAUGUUUUAGGGCAGCAGAAACCGUUUGGGCUUGGUUGCAGUCUGACUAGCCUUUAGCUCAUCAAUCCCACAAAGCUUAACUCUAACUCUCUGUUAAGGAGGUUGUCCACAAUGGAUAGAAUAGUGAUAAUUGUUGUUAACUUUUACACAGUAACACUUGUCAGAAUGGCUUAAAUGUCCCAGUAAGUCCACCUGAAAUGUUUAAGUAAGAUGUAGAAUCAUCGCUAACUGUUUUCAGCUCAGAAACCAAACUUGUCCAUUUACUGCUUGUUUCGUGUGUGUGCGUGCGUGCGUGUGUGCGUGCAUGCAUGUGUGUGUGGGGGGGGGGGGGGAGAUAGGGUGGGGGUUGUAAGUAAAUAACAGAUGUAAACUGCUCAUGGAUGCAAACAGAAAAGUUAAGCUGAAGAAGUCUGGUACUCUGAACAGUAAAGCUACUGGUGAGUUUUAACGCUUCGUGGACCCCUGCAGGUGCUCUCGGUUACACACGUCCCGUUGCAGGUUCAACACAGAUACUGUAUGUCAGCGUGUUGCACAUUUAAACAAGACUGGGGGGGGGGG